UAUAUCCCGGCGAAGAGUGACCUUCCGGAGAUGGGACAGUUAAAGAACGCUCUGCUGAAGCUGGUGGGAGUGGCGUUGCGGAAGGACUGCAAAGCUGAGCAGUUGGUUGAAUUGUUCCAAUCGCUGAACGACUUUUUCGUUGAUUUGGGUGACGGCAGGCAUGAUCGAGCCGGUGGACAACCGCUGGAACGGAACCGCGAACCAGAAGUACCGCGUGAUCGAGCCGAACAAAUUUCAACAGUUGGUGUUCGUACUGCUGGACGGCGCGACCUGUCCCAAGCACUACGUGAUCACGGUGAUCGCCUCGUUGAUCGGCUACAUCCACUCGCAGUUGAAUCACGCUGAUUGGUCAGGGUGUGACCAGAUCGCGUCCAGCAGCGUGCUGAUCUCGUCCAUCCGGAGCUCGCUGGUUUAUCUUCGCGAUCAGGCCGAUUACGUCUCGUUCUAUCUUUUCGCACCAAGCCGUUUGGAAACCCUGAUCAAGGAGUCGUUUUGCUACCUGCGCAAGCAGAACGAAAUGAGUCUCGCCGAGGCGAUGCAGAAGUACGCGGAACAAGGCAGCAGCGAUUGCGAAGCAGGAGGAUCCGUCACCAAACCCAACCUGUUCAAAACCUGGACCGCGCCGUUCAAGCGCGAGAAGCUGCCGAAGAUCCUGGCCGGAGUGGCCGCGGUGUGGUCUGUCAUGGUGUCCGAGGACGUGUCCAGCACGGGCAAGUUCUUCAAGCCGCACUGCAUCCAGGUGUUGUGCGUGCUGAGGCUGCUCGGCUCCGAUAGCGACCUGUCCGGGGUGUCCAAGCAGUUGGCCCAGGUCCUCACCGGUCAGGGCAAGUCGCUGGUUUUGGCGCUAAUCGCGACGAUUCUGGCGUUGACUGGACACGAGAUUCAGCUGGUUUGCUACAACGAAUACUUGGUAAAGCGAGACGCUAAGGACUUUGCCGAUCUGUACGAGUUGUUUGGUGUGAAGGACGCCAUCCAGUACGGGACCUUCGACAAUAUGGCCAAUGCGAUCAUUGCACCGGAAGUUGACGGUAAAAGGAAGAGUCUGCGAUCUUUCGUAAUGGAUCUGGUACUUGAGGAACCAGAUGGCAAACGACCCAACAAGCCCAAAGCCAAGGUGCAGGAUAACUCGGUGCUUCUGAUGGACGAAGUGGACGUGUUCUUCACCGAAGAUUACUAUGGAAGCGUGUACUGCCCAACCACGUAUUCUUACAUACUCGGAUUAGAGGAGAUUCAGGCAGAAAUCUGGUAUGCAGUCAACAACCUUGGAGAGCACGAUGUUCAGCGGGUGACCUCCCGAAUUGAAACAUUCAUGUCUUCUUCACCACGAUUUGGGAAUAGAACCUUGUUCUCCAUGCUAUUCCUCAGUAAACGGGGUGCUUACGAUCUGUUGGUGAACACUGAUAACGGCUACGUGCGCAAGUCGUACACCAACAAGAGCUUGUUUGCCGAACAUCUCAAUCUGAUGAUUUCGAAUGCCAUUCAAGUCGCAACAAAGCCCUCGCAGUUCAAAGAUUACAAGCUGAACCAUGAGGGAGCGAUCACCAGAAAGAUCGAUGAAAAAUGGGAAACUGGAGUCAUCAACGAUUACUUGUCCACCUUCAAUUACUUCCGCUUGAAGAAGGACUAUUUCAUUCGCAGAGUAUCUACUGGAGACAACUACGGCUACUUGUACCUUGGUUGUGGAUCGAUCUCGUACGCCAUGCUGCCCAAAGCUUUCCCGCUCAUCCUGGGAGUCACCGGAACGCUGACAUCCCUCAACCAGUACGAAAAGGCCACGAUCGAGCGGCUCUACAAUAUCACCAAAUCCUCGAUCAUGCCGACCUUCUUCGGGUGCUCCAACAACCGCUUCAACCCCACCGAAGACUUCACCCUCCACUCCAAGCGACCCCUCUGGCUAGGCAAGAUCUUCAGCCAGGCGUACGCGGCCGUCACAGCAAAGCGCGCCGUGCUCAUCUUCUUCUUCAACGGCAACCUGCUCGAAGAGUUCCGCGCUCAGUACUGCGGCCAAUUGGACCGGCUGCAAGUCCUCACCGAGAACACCCCCGCCACCCAGCAGGAACACCUGAUCAACGAAGCCGGCAUCGCCAAAACGGUCACGCUGGCCACGCGCGGCAUGGGCCGAGGCGUCGACUACAAGUCCAGCGUGGCGGUCGAGAAGAGCGGCGGCGUGCACGUCAUCCAAACCUUCUUCUCGCUGGACGUCAGGGAGGAAACGCAGAUCCGGGGACGAACCGCCCGGAAGGACAAUCGCGGCAGCUACGAGCUGAUCGUGUACGAUGUGCAUCUUAAGGCGGCACGGCUGGUCGAGGCAACGGGACGGCCGGUGAGCUACGCGCAGCUGGAUGCGGCCAGGGCGAGCAAAGCGCUGAACGAGAACCGGAAUAUCGAGGAGUCGAUCCGGAAGAACACCGAGGAACACGCGGCAACGAUGGAGUUUCUGCAGUCGUUCUUCAAGUAGAGUAGAAUUAAGUUGCUGUUAUGAAAAAAAAGUCGUAUUUUAAUGUGA